AAGAAGGUCCGUAACAUGGAAAAUGGAGACUAGAGGACUGGAGCUAGCUAGGGAAGUGGUGCCCGUGGGUGGCUUUGCAUGUGUGUGUGUGUGUCUGUCCGUUGGUUCUUGUCCACACUCCACGCAGCCAUGUCAUGUCGUAUGAGUGAGUCCAUUCCCUUCCCUUCCCUUCCCUUCCCAGUGGAAGACUCCGACAGCUGCUAUUUAUAUGACAAAACAUAUAACCUCCACCUCCCUCCUCCUCCCUUCCCUUUUUCCUUUUCUCUCUCUUCCUCUCCUCAGAACUUUUUGUUUUGUUUUGUUUCCAUCCAAGUAAGAUACGCGUACUGACAACCGACGACACACACUCGCUCUCACACUCGCGCUUGUUGAGAUUUGCUGUUUGCAUAACACGACGACGAUAUAAGAUAUCGGAAUACCUUCGCUUUAAUAUCUAAUACGAACCGAAACAAAAACAAAAGACACGAAAAUGCGCUUCACACCUCUCAUCCUCACCGGCCUCUUCGCCCUCACGGCGAGCGCCCAAAACGCCACCACGUCGGCUUCGUACCCUGUCAACUCGGAGCAGGCCGCCAUCACCAAGUGCAUAGAGGCCUGCGACGCCGGCGACGUUUCUUGCACGAGCAAGUGCAUUGCUGUUCCUAACCCUUCUGAUUCGGAUGUCAACGCAACCAACGACUGCGUAACCGCCUGCCCCAAAGGCAGCGGCACCGACGCCGACAACGCCGCCUACCAAUCCUGCGUAGAAGGUUGCAUCAGCCAGCACUACUUCACUGCCACCACGGGCGCCGCGGGCGUUGUCGUCGCCAACCCCACCGGUACCGCUCUUUCUGAUUCUGGUACCACGGGCGUGACCAAGACCAACGUCGUAGUAGUCAGCACCAUGGUCAGCGGAUCGUUUACCACGACAAUCACGAGCACUAGCGCGGCUAGUGGUGCUGAGCCUACGGAGACUUCUGGAAGUGAUGAUGACAACAAGGGUGAUACCAGCACGGCGUUGGUGGAGAGCACGAGGAGUGCGGGUGGUGCAGCGGGACGGGCUGCUGGGGCUGUGGGCGGGUUGGGUGGCUUCCUUUGGGCGGCGGCGGCUUUGCUUUAA